UUCUUCUUCUUCUUCUUCUUCUUUUACCUUUAAUUUAUUUCUCUCUCUGUGCAAUGGCGCAUCUCUUCAGGGACCUUUCGUUGGGCCAUUCCAAGAGAGAAACAACACCGCCACCGCCGCCGCCGACAAUGCCUCCCAAAUCAGCCACCGUCGCCGAUGACCUUCCGUCUCCGCUGGGUCAACUCGCCGCAAACUUCUCCGAUUCCGAACUCGCCCUAACCGCUUACGAGAUCUUCGUCGCCGCUUGCCGUACCUCCGCUGGCAAGCCUCUCAGUUUUGUUCCCAACUCGUCCUCCAACCACACUGACUCUCCGAGUCACAACUCGCCUAACUCGCCAGCGUUCCAGCGAUCUCUCACCUCCACUGCCGCAAGCAAGGUCAAGAAGGCCUUCGGGUUGAAAUCGCCCGGUUCUGGCUCGAAGAAGAGCCCUGGCUCCGGUUCGGGUUCCGGUUCGGGUCAGGGGAAGCCGAAGCGGCCGAUGACGGUUGGGGAGCUCAUGAGAAAUCAGAUGAGGGUUUCGGAGGCCAUGGAUUCGCGUGUGAGACGAGCGCUGCUCAGGAUUUCUGCUGGCCAGGUCGGAAGACGGAUUGAGUCUGUGGUAGUUCCACUUGAGCUAUUGCAGCAACUCAAGGCUUCGGAUUUUACUGAUCAGCAAGAGUAUGGAGAAUGGCAGAAGAGGACCCUGAAGGUUCUGGAGGCAGGUCUAAUUUUACAUCCUCACAUGCCUCUUGAUAAAUCGAAUUCUGCUGCACAACGGCUGCGGCAGGUUAUUCAUGCUGCUUUGGAUAAGCCUAUAGAAACCGGGAGGAAUAAUGAGUCCAUGCAGGUUCUUCGUAGUGCUGUUAUGUCUCUUGCAAGUAGGUCAUAUGAUGGGUCUCUCACUGAUUCAUGCCACUGGGCAGAUGGGAUUCCUCUGAAUCUCCGGCUUUAUGAAAUGCUUCUGCAAUCCUGCUUUGAUGCUAAUGACGAGUCAUCAGUUAUUGAGGAAUUUGACGAGCUAAUGGAACAAAUCAAGAAGACCUGGGGAAUUCUUGGAUUGAACGAAAUGUUUCAUAAUCUCUGUUUCACUUGGGUUUUAUUUCACCGAUUUGUUGCAACUGGCCAGAUGGAUCUUGACCUGCUGUCUGCUGCUGAUGGCCAGCUAGCUGAAGUUGCAAAAGAUGCAAAGACAACAAAAGAUCCAGAAUAUUCCAAAAUUUUGAGUUCUACAUUGACUUCAAUAUUGGGGUGGGCUGAGAAACGGCUUCUUGCAUAUCAUGAAACUUUUGAUCGUGGAAAUGUUGAAACCAUGGAGGGCAUUGUCUCUUUAGGGGUAGCAGCAGCUAAGAUUUUGGUUGAAGAUAUAUCUAAUGAGUAUCGGCGUAGGAGAAGAACUGAAGUCAAUGUGGCCCGUGAAAGAAUUGAAACUUACAUCAGGUCAUCACUACGUACCACAUUUGCACAGGCAAGUUUUUACUCAGACUCAAGCAGGAGAGCGUCCAAAAAUCAACCAAAUUCUCUCCCUCUCCUUGCCAUCCUUGCAAAGGAUGUAGGUAGCCUGGCUGUUAAUGAAAAGCAAGUGUUCAGUCCAAUACUUAAGAGAUGGCAUCCUUUGCCAGCAGGUCUUGCUGUGGCCACCCUUCAUGCAUGCUAUGGAAAUGAGCUGAAGCAAUUCAUUUCAGGUAUCACAGAAUUGACACCAGAUGCUGUUCAAGUGUUGAGAGCUGCAGAUCAGUUGGAGAAAGACCUUGUGCAGAUUGCAGUUGAGGAUUCAGUGGACAGUGAAGAUGGUGGUAAAGCAAUAAUCCGUGAGAUGCCUCCUUAUGAGGCUGAAGGUGCAAUAGCCAAUCUUGUAAAAAUAUGGAUUAAAACUAGGUUAGACAGACUGAAAGAAUGGGUUGAUAGAAAUCUGCAGCAAGAGCUUUGGAAUUCGCAAGCAAAUCAGGAAGGAUAUGCCCCAUCUGCUGUUGAAGUUUUGCGAAUCAUAAAUGAAACUUUGGAUGCAUUCUUUCAGCUUCCAAUACCCAUGCAUCCUGCAUUGCUUCCUGAAGUGAUGAAUGGCCUUGACAGAUGCCUUCAGUACUAUGUUGCCAAAUCAAAAUCUGGCUGUGGAUCACGAAAUACAUUUGUUCCGAUAAUGCCAGCAUUAACCAGAUGCACUAUUGGCUCAAAGUUUCAAGGCUUUGGGAAGAAAAAAGAUAAAUCUCCAAAUUCUCAGAAGAGAAAUCCUCAGGUUGCAACAAAUGGGGAUAGCUCUUUUGGGGUCCCACAACUCUGUGUUCGCAUAAAUACUUUGCAAUGGAUCCUGGGUGAAUUUGAUGUUCUGGAAAAAAGAAUAAUUACGCUUUUACGGAACUCUGAAUCUGCUCAUGAAGAAGAUUUUUCAAAUGGAUUAGCAAAGAAGUUUGAACUAUCUCCUGCUGCAUGUCUUGAAGGAAUUCAGCAACUCUGCGAGGCAGUGGCAUAUAGAAUUGUCUUCCAUGAUCUAAGCCAUGUUUUAUGGGACGGUUUGUAUGUUGGGGAUCCAUCAUCGUCCAGGAUUGAGCCAUUUCUUCAGGAACUUGAGCAGAAGUUGAUGUUCAUUUCAGACACUGUUCAUGAAAGAAUUCGCACGCGUAUUAUUGCUGAAACAAUGAGAGCUUCCUUUGAUGGAUUCUUGCUUGUAUUGCUUGCUGGAGGCCCCUCUCGAGCUUUUUCCCGGAAGGACUCUCAAAUCAUAGAGGAUGAUUUCAAAUAUCUUAAGGAUCUAUUUUGGGCAAAUGGGGAUGGCUUGCCUUCUGAAAUAAUAGAUAAGUUUUCAACCACUCUGAGGUCUAUCCUCCCCCUUUUCAGAACCGACACAGAGAGCCUCAUUGAGCAGUUUAGACGGUUAACCCUGGAGACAUUUAAAUCCUCUGCCAGGUCUAGACUUCCAUUACCUCCUACUUCUGGACAGUGGAAUCCAUCUGAACCAAACACACUGUUACGUGUUUUAUGCUAUAGAAAUGAUGAAUCAGCUUCUAAGUUUCUUAAAAAGACAUAUGAUCUACCUAAGAAACUUUAACACGCAUGAGAAACAGUAAGUGAAAUGGCAAACGGAGAUAGUUGGAGUAGGAGAUGCGUUCUGCUUAACUGUCUGGUUCGGCUUGUAUUUAGUAUAACAUUGCCCAGCAGGUAAUUUAUCUUCAUUGUUGAGAAAGAUUUACUUCAGGAUGCGGCUGUCUUGUACAGUAAGUACAUUGGGAAUAUUGGCCAAAAGCUUUGUGCUAUCGGCAUAUUCUUCGAGUCCAAAGAGAGGCAGCAUAAAUGUUGGUCAUGAGUAUGGCUGGCUUAUCGCGAAGGUAGUAGAAUAUUCUUUAUGAUUCAUUAAUUAUUGGAAGAUUAGAGAUAUCUCACGAUGGUUUAUUCUGUGUUUAGCUUUUUUUUUUUUUUUUUUUUUUCUUAUGCCUUUUGAGAGUUGUCUCUAUAUAUUACAUAAAAAUGAUAUCCUUGUUCUCUAUAUUCUUUUGUUGAAUUUCUUUGGAUUGGGUUGUCUGUCCUAUUUUUAGUAGUAUAAAAUGCAGGCAUUGUAUAGCACAUUUG